CUGGGCCGUAAGUUUUGGCCAGUUCAGCGUGCAUAGAGCGGUACGCGACGCCCCCCAGGACUUCUAGGAGCUCCGGGGAGACUGGGGGGUCGGGGCCUCUCAGAACCUUGAAGUGAACCCCUUUGAGCACUGGCAACUGAUGAGCCUUGGGGGACUCCACCACGUGCUGGAAUCACGGCGGCUGAUCUUGUAUUAGCCCACCAGGAGUGACGGUACGGCGGUGGCCAGCGGCUUCAACGCCUACGGUCAGUGCGACCUGGUCGAGGGUCUGACCUACAGGCGAGCUGCCGCUGGAGGGCGCCACACGGUCCUGCUCAGAAGCGAUGGCAAGGCCCUGGCCUGCGGCCAGAAUCUGCACGGUCAGUGCGACCCUCCUCCGCUGGUCGCUGGUCUGAGCUACACGCAAGUUGCCGCUGGCGGGAAACACACAGUCAUGCUGAGGAGCGACGGCGCGGCCGUCGCUUGCGGCGGGAAUAUGACUGGUGAGUGCGACGUCCCAGCGCUGGUCGCAGGUUUUGCUUACACGCACGUUGCCGCUGGGGAGCAACACACAGUCUUGCUGAGGAGCGACGGCACGGCCGUGGCCUGCGGCUUGAACGAUCAUGGUCAGUGCGACCUCCCGGCGCUUGCCUCGGACCUUGCCUACACGCACGCUUCCGGCGGAUAUCAGCACACGGUCCUGCUCAGAAGCGACGGCACGGCCGUGGCCUGCGGCUCGAACAGACAUGGCCAGUGCCACUUUCCUGCGCUGGUCGCGGGCCUGACCUACACAGCUCACCUGCUGCUUCCAGUUUUGCUCCUGCAGGCGUCGCUAGACGGUGCUGCGAUGCGGUUCGCAACCCUCGGCGGGCUGGAGCGCCUGAGAAUAGAGGCGCGGCCUUCUGCUCGCCUCGCAGACAUUUACGAACAGCUGGUCGCGGACCAGUGCCCUGAAGUCUGGCGAGUCGACGCCGUCCUGCCUGGUGGCCAGCUGCUCAGCAGCGCUUCGAUCGAGGAGACGGUCGCCAGCGCUUUUGGGCUCGUCGACGUUCCAGGAGCCUUGAUUGAACGACAUGGAAAUGUGCGACCAACCGCCGACGAGAACGUGAAGGCCAGCAGUGGGCGGCGUCUGUGCUAUUUCGUCGAACCAUGCCAGUGCAGGAUCGCAUGACUUUCGGUGUCGUUUUGCUUGCCCCUGUUUGCGUGGUCACAGCCCCCCCGGCGAGAGCUUAGAGCGUCCUUGCCGUGCUGAA